GUGGCUCAGUCAGUCCUGCGUCGACUGUGCGCGGGGAAGGUGUGCGUCGCCUCGCUCUCACUGAUCGCUGGCUGUGCGGGCCGAGUCACACGCGUUCCCUGAACUCCUCGUCGGGUCACAGCACCUCCUGACGCUGGACUUCUGCUGCAGCCCUCGCUGUGCUUGGUGGUUCUUGAAAGUGACUCUGGUGACUUAAUUAUUGUGUCGCUGAUAUUUUGUGCAAAAGUCCUGUGAGGGUCUCGCCCUGCGCUGCCCCGUUUAGCAGAGUGGAAACAAUCCUGUUGCACCAGUCUGUUCCUGGGACAUUGUGGUCAUCUGAUAUCCCUGGACACACUACACCAAAAAGUCAGUGUCGCACAAAAUCAAGUGAUAUUUGAGGAUAUUUUGGGACACACGGGCGCAGGAGAACCUUGUGACGUCUCGGUGGCUUGUGAAACACCGCCGAGGAAAUACCGAAGCGACGACUGUGUGUGUGCGUCAGGACGGGGCGACUUGGCGCGCGUUUUGUGACCACUGGGGACGCUGACGGACUGUCCUCGGCACCCCAGACCAGUCCUGACUCGGGGAGAACCAGACCAGGCGAACCUGUGUGUAUCACUCCUUGAACAGGUGCGACUGGAUAGAUAUCCACCUGGCUGACUGACUGACACGUCUCGACAAGGGCGUAAAAACGAACUGGGAGAGCGAUAAACGAUCUAAGUGGCGGGAACGUAAAUUAGUUAGUGACUGAGUGUCGUCAGCGUCAGAAUAUCGUUUUGCAGUGACGUCCCUUGCGAUAGAGACAGCAGCUCCGCCUUCAUCCUUCACUUGGGGAGCUGCUCGUGGACAUGGGGAGGACACACGCCGCCUGAGGAAGAUCACGGAGCUCUUGUUCAGCCCACGAGGGGAAGAUGGCGUCCGUGGAGGGUGCCGGACUAACCAUUGGUGGGCGCAGGGAAUCCCCCGCCUCCAAGUCACCCCCAAGGCUCCCCCGACCUGAGAAGGAGGCGCGUGUAGGGACGCCCUUCAAGCGGAGCAGAUCCCGGGUGUUCUAUGCCUCCCAGGCCGAUGAGGUCAGCGACGGCGGCAAAAAUGUACACAAAGAACUGAGCUUCAGUCCACCCUGCAUCCCCACCAGCGUGGAGACCCAUGACGCCAAAACCACGCCCACCUCGGAGCCAGCACUGCUUUCCAGGAGCCUCCACGCCUCCAGAAGCGCCCCCACCCUCAAGGACACACCCACGACGAGGAGUGUGGCCACCUUCAGGACCACGCCCACACGAGCCAGUGCCGUGCUCAAGCUGAGCCCGGCGUAUCGGAGUUCUUACAGAUCAGGAAAAGACUUGCGGAGCGAGGCAUGUGAAGCCCCCAUCUUAGAGGAAGUCUGCAGUUCAGGCGAGGAAGCCGGUGAGGACGAGGUGUCCCCUGGCGGAUCAUUCCGAGACUCUCUUCGAGGCUCCCCGUCUCACCGCUCACAAGACUCAGGUUACUCAGACUCGGGAGAGUCCACCAACGCUCACACAGACAGUGACGGGUCCCCAAUUACGCCCCCGAAUUUGAAGCACAUCACGCGGGUAUACUUCAGAGACUGUCCCGAAGAGGCGAAACCACUCAGCAGCAAGACAGUCAGUCCCUCAGAGCGACCAGACCAACAAGAUGGUUCGGGAAGUGUCAGUCCAACAAGCCGGAGUUCUUUCAGAGAGAGUCCAGCCAGCAGCCAGCACAGCCUCUGCAGCGAAAAAGCCGGUGAUCAUGAUGAACUUCCGGAGGAGCUGGAGCAUAAGAGCCUUCUUGAGCCCGUGGGCAGACACACCGGGGCAGUCAGGAAGCGAAGCACCAUCGCUCCUAUCCCUGCAGCCACCAGGAGACUGACGCAGCGACGUAGUAGCAGCACCGACAAGUUGCCGGGCGAACUCAGAUCUGAUAACCGACGGCCACCACCGCUCAAGGCGCGACGUCGAUGGUCCGCUGCUGAUAUGCUGCAGCAGCAAAAGCAGCAUCAGCAGAAGCAGGCAUCAGCACCAGUGACAGAUAUAGAGUCUUGUGCAUCGCGGGGCUCUAUUAAUGGCGAUCUGUCAGCCCAAAGUCACGCCGUAAGCUGCGGACGGGUGGGCGAAGCCUCCCCGCCGGAUGCCCUCGAUGACCCCUCGCCAACCUGGAGGCUGGCCGCUGACCCCGCCCGUCCACACGUCGCGCGGAAACUUAGAAUACAUCCCACGGCCGUGGCGCUGGAGAUGAGAAAUGGAUCCGUGAGUCACUGGCUGAAAGAGCUCCGGACGUUGUAUGAGGCAGAGUGCAUGAACACCCUCCAGUCCAAGUCCCUGCCCGGAGACCUCACCUGCCACCCCGCCCCACCACCGCCCACGGCCCGCCACGCAGUAAGAGCCAUCCAGCGCCGCGCCCACGCCGUCUCCACCGAGUUCGCCAGACUGUGCCAGCGUCUGGAGUGGCUGGAGCUGACGCAGGUGCCUCCGUUGGCCGAGUCUCUGGUGGAACACAUCAACACCUUCCUAAAGGACUACACCACCCAGUGGGCGGCAGCCGACCCCGACCUGCAGCCCCAGUCGUCGCUGAGUCGCCAGAGUAAAGUCAUCCGACAAAUCUGCGAGAGACUGAUGGAGGUUUGCACCGGCGACCACGACGACCUUGACCGCGACACGACCCGACAGGUGGUGCAGGUGGUGACGGCGCUGGGCCACGCCUUCACCAAGCUGGUUGACCUCAUGCUGAGCCGCGAGAUCAGGGUGGUGGUGCGGCUACUAGAGGAAACUCGGGAGGAGGACGUGAAGUCUUCUGUGUCGCACCUCACAGCUCUCGGUGUGGACGGCGGACACAUCUGCCGCCUCAUCGCACGCCUCGGGGGCGUGAGGGGCCUGCUCAGCGUGUGUCUGGAGCCGCGGCUCAGGCGGGUGCGUGUGGCGGCUCUGAGGGCGCUGGCCACCGUGUGCUGCGUGGUGGAGGGCAUUGUGGAGCUCGAGAAGGCUGGCGGCGUGGAGGUGGUGGCGGAGGUGCUGUGCGACGCAGAAUGUACCGAGGAGGAGCGCAGCGAAGCUGCCGGCGUGCUGGCGCAGAUCACGUCCCCGUGGGUGGAGAACACCCACCGCCUUACCGCCCUCGACACACACCUCGCACCCAUCGUCUCCGCCCUCACUGAUCUCGCGAGGUGGACACGCUCGGCGGAGAUCUUCCUGCUCGCCGCAGCGGCCAUGGCCAACCUCACCUUCCUGGACGGCGGCUGCGUGGAGGCCAUGAGGACGGCCGGCACCGCCCGCGUCCUGCUAAGGGCUGCCCACGAUAACCCCAACGUCUCCAUCUUCACCAAAGACCAGAUCGCGACGGUGUUGGCCAACCUGGCGGGGUCGAAGGAAGCGGCCGCGGAGGUGGUGGAGGGCGACGGUGUGGCGGUCCUGCUGGCGCUGCUCAACACCCGCCCCGCCCCCACCCACCGCCUGCCCGAGGUGGCCACGGCGGAGCGCGUCCAGCAGAAGUCGGCCAUCGCCCUCUCCAGGCUGUGUCGCGAGGCGUCGGUGGCGCGUCAGGUGGCCAAGCAGGGGGGCGCGGAGCGGCUGGUGCAGCUCUGCAAGGACGAGCGCGAGAGGAACCACAGUGACGCCGUCCUCGUGGCCUGUCUGGCGGCGCUGCGCAAGAUGUCCUCGUCGCUGGGCGAAGAGGGGUUGCAGGGCAUCGAUGCGGCGGAGCUGGUGGAGCCGCGGCUGCUCGACUCCUUCCUCAUCUACUCCUCGCGGCAGGAGAGUUACGUGUAGAGGAAAAUAGAGUGACCAACCUGCCAGGUGAUCCCUGACCUCCGACUCGACGGAGGAUCAUCACAGGGACUCGCUUGGCGGGUCAAUUGUAACCGACCACCCACCGCUACACCUCAGCCUAGUGUGUCCUUGACCAGCAUGGAGACGCCUUUUUCAACAUCAAUACAAAAACAAAGCUUUAUGUAGAGACAAGUUUUAGCAUCGUAUCCUAACCCUUCUAACGCCUUUCCUUCCUUCAUUACUGUCUAUUCUAGAAGAUUCAUGAACAGGUUUUCUUGAUCUGUUUGUGAGUUUCGUCAUUUUGAGCACCAAGUUCGAAAGCACGAAUGCUUGUGUGUGAAUGUGGUUGAGCGUCUUUCUUUCCUGAGUGUGUUCUUUCAAUGAUACAAAACAUUCCAUAGGUAUACACACUAUGUUGUUUCUUGUGUUCCUUUUCAUAGAACUUUAAAUGUCUGUUUUAUAAAGUUUUAUAUUUUGUUAAUGAGAAAGAUGAUGAAUGAUGACGACGAUGAUGAUGAUGGGUAUCGCCGCGGCGGCCCCGCGGCCCCUGCCACUACUAGUCAUGGAUCUGAACCAAAUAUCACCAUUCUUGUUUAUAGCGCCUGUACAUUCCACAUGUUGUGACAUAAGUGUAAAUAUAUUUUAGAAGAAACAUCUUAAACCUA